AGCUGUGUCUUUGUACAUCUGCAUUUUAUACAUGUUACUGUAAUUUUCUUGUGAGGAAGAAUUAAAUGUUGGGAAUCAGUGGCAUCAGAACUUGCAAAAGAAGUUUCUUUAUCCCAGGUAUGUGAAAGAGGCUUCUCUAAUUUUCAAGGAUAGUUUUGAUAAGGCCAACCCUUUCCAUUAUCCCUUCCAGGCCACCAUGUAAGAAUUCCGGUACGUCUUCUCACUCAUCUCAGACCUUCUCAGCGUGACUCGGUGAAAAUGUCCCCAUUCUGAGGAUGUCACAGCUAAAUCUAAAGCAGAUCAUGUCAGUCCCUGGCAGGGAACCCUCCAUGGGCUUCCUGUGUUCCCCAGGACAAAAGCCCAACUCCUCACUGUGGCUCCACAGCCCUGUGUCCAGGGCCCCUGCCACUGUCCAGCCUCCUCCUGGGAGCUUGCCCUAAUCUCAUGACUCCCUCUGCCCCAGUCACAUUUGCUUUUCUCUUUUCCCAAACAUCAAAACCCUUCCCGUCUCAGGUCGUUUUCACUGCUCUUACCCUAUUUCUCUAAAUACUCACAGCACUGUCCCUUUCUCCUUCAGGUCCUGGCUCAGAAAUGUCUCCCAUGCCUUCCCACCCCCAGCUGAACUUCCCUCUGCCCAUCAGUCUGUAUCACGUUACUCAGGUUUUAUUAUCUCUGUGUCAGUCACAUCAGAAACACACUUUUUUUCUUUUUCCAAAGAGUCUCGCUCUGUCCUCGAGGCUGUGAGUGCAUUCUUGUGAUCUUGGCUCACUGCAACCUCUGUCUCCUGAGUUCAAGCAAUUCUUGUGCCUUAGUCUCCCAAGUAGCUGAGAUUACAGGAUUGACUUCUAAAGACUCUUGGUACGUGAGGAAAAAACACGGAAGAGGAAGAGGAAAGCAAAGGAGUCAGGGAUGGCUCUUCCUCAGGCUGGAACACCUUGGUGCAAUCGCAGCUCUCUGAAACCUCCACCAUCAAGGUCAAGCUUUCCUCCCACCUCGGCCUUCCAAGUAGUUGGGGCAACAGAUGCCUGCCACCAUGCCUGGCUAAUUAUUUAUUUCUAACGGUCUAUUGACAUUCAGGGAUGUGACCAUAGAAUUCUCUCAGGAGGAGUGGAAAUGCCUGGACCCUGCUCAGAGGGCUCUAUACAGAGACGUGAUGCUGGAGAAUUAUAGGAACCUGGUCUCCCUGGAUACCUCUUCCAAAUGCAUGAUGAAGAUGUUCUCAUCAACAGGACAAGGCAAUACAGAAGUGUUCCACACAAGGACAUUGCAAAUACAUGCAAGUCAUCACAUUGGAGAUACUUGCUUCCAGGAAAUUGAGAAAGAUAUUCAUGACUUUGUGUUUCAGUGGCAAGAAAAUGAAACAAAUGGCCAUGAAGCACCUGUGACAAAAAUCAAAAAGUUGAUGAGUAGUACAGAGCGACAUGAUCAAAGGCAUGCGGGAACCAAACCUAUUAAAAAUGAGCUUGGAUCAAGCUUUCAUUCGCAUCUGCCUGAACUGCACAUAUUUCACCCCGAAGGGAAAAUUGGUAGUCAAGUUGAGAAGGCUAUCAACAAUGCUUCCUCAGUUUCAGCAUCUCAACGAAUUUCCUGUAGGCCGAAAACUCAUAUUUCUAAUAAGUAUAGGAAUAAUUUCCUCCAGUCUUCAUUACUCACACAAAAACGGGAAGUACACACGAGAGAAAAAUCUUUCCUACGUAAUGAGAGUGGCAAAGCCUUUAAUUGUAGCUCAGUCUUAAAAAAACAUCAGAUAAUCCAUUUAGGAGACAAACAGUAUAAAUGUGAUGUAUGCGGCAAGGAUUUUCAUCAGAAGCGAUACCUUGCAUGCCAUAGAUGUCACACUGGUGAGAAUCCUUACAAGUGUAAUGAGUGUGGCAAGACAUUCAGUCACAAUUCAGCCCUGUUAGUUCACAAGGCAAUUCAUACUGGAGAGAAACCUUACAAGUGUAAUGAAUGUGGCAAGGUUUUUAAUCAACAAUCGAACCUUGCACGUCAUCAUAGACUUCAUACUGGAGAGAAACCUUACAAAUGUGAAGAAUGUGACAAAGUUUUCAGUCGCAAAUCACACCUUGAAAGACAUAGGAGAAUUCACACUGGAGAGAAACCAUACAAAUGUAAGGUUUGUGACAAGGCUUUCAGACGUGAUUCACACCUGGCACAACAUACUGUAAUUCACACUGGAGAGAAGCCUUACAAGUGUAAUGAGUGUGGCAAGACCUUUGUUCAAAAUUCAUCUCUUGUAAUGCAUAAGGUCAUUCAUACUGGAGAGAAACGUUACAAGUGUAAUGAAUGUGGCAAGGUUUUUAAUCACAAAUCAAACCUUGCAUGUCAUCAUAGACUUCAUACUGGAGAGAAACCUUACAAGUGUAAUGAAUGUGGCAAGGUUUUUAAUCGAAAAUCAAACCUUGAACGUCAUCAUAGACUUCAUACUGGAAAGAAAUCUUAGAAGUGUAAAUUUGCAAGGUUUUUAGGCAACAGUCAAACCUUGCAUGUCAUCAUAGACUUUAUACUGGAGAGAAACCUUACAAAUGUGAAGAAUGUGACAAAAGUUUUCAAUUUCAAAUCACUCCUUGAAAUACAUAGGAGAGUUCAUACUGUAGAGAAACCAUACAAAUGUAAGGUUUGUGACAAGGAUUUCGGGUGUGAUUCACACCUGGCCCAACAUACUGGAAUUCACACUGGAAAGGAACUGUACAAGUGUAAUGAGUGUGGCAGAGCCUUUAGUGGUCAGUCAACACUUACUCACCAUCAAGCAAUCCGUGGUAUAGGGAAACUUGACUAAUGUAAUGAUUGUCACAAAGUCUUCAGUAAUAUUACAGCCACUGCAAAACAUUGGAGAAUCCAUAAUGAAGGAGGUCUUACAAGUGUAAUAAAUGUGGCAAGUUUUUCAGACAUCAUUCAUAACUUGCAGUUCAUUGGCGAUCUUAUACAGGAGAGAAAUCUUACAAAUGUGAUGAUUGUGGCAAGGUCUUCAGUCAAGCUUCAUCUUUUGCAAAACGGGAGAAUUCAUACAGGAGAGAAACCUCACAAGUGUGAUGAUUGUGAGCAAAGCCUUUACUUCACGUUCACACCACAUUAGAUAUCAGAGGAUCCAUACUGGACAGAAAUCUUACAAACGUCCUAUGUGUGGCAAGGUCUUCAGUCCGAGGUUACUCCUUGCAGAAUAUCAUAACGUUCAUUUUUGAGGUAAUAGUUACAAACGCAGUGAGCAUAGCAAACCAUCAAGGAUUGACAGUAGAGUCAAUUCAGAAUUGACUUGAGUUUGAGUUGACUUAAAACAUUCAGUUGAAGCAUUAAUUGACAUUAAAGUGUUUAUGUUAGGAGGAUUGGGCCAGGCGUGUGGCUCACGCCUGUAAACCCAGCACUUUAGGAGCCCAAGGUGGAUAGAUCACUUGAGGUCAUGAGUUUGAGAUCAGCCUGGCCAACAGACGUGAGUCACUUUUCCCAGCCUGCUUUUUGUUUCUUUAACAAAAACCAAUAGGGAUUUUUAUAGGUAUUGUGUUGAAUCUGAAUCACAUUGGCUUAUAUAAUAACUUAACAAUAUUGAUUUUUCCAAACCAUCAAUGUGGGUUGUAUAUAUAUGUUUUUAAUCAUUUUGGUCAAUGUUUGUAGAUUUCAAGGUGUGAAAUUCUCAGUUUUUUUAUGUUUAUUCCUAAGUAUUUCUUACUUUAAGAUCUCUAGCAAAUGGAAGUGUUUUUUAAUUUUCGUUGAAAAUUUUUUAUUGUUAAUGUAUGGAAAUUCAAUUAAUUGUUGGUGCUGCUAUUGCAUUGUGCAAAUCCACUGAAUGUGUUGAUUA